CCUUUUUCAGUGCUCAUAUCUUUACCUCAAUUUCUCUGAAGAAUGAGAGAUUAAGUUGAUGUUUACAGAGAGAAAGAAAUGGCAGCAAAGCUAGAUGAACCAGCACCACAUCCUCCUAAAGAUCAACUUCCAAAUGUUGCAUAUUGCAUCACCAGCCCCCCUCCAUGGCCUGAGGCCAUCCUUCUUGGCUUCCAACAUUACUUGGUGGUGCUCGGCACGACUGUCCUCAUACCCACUGCGUUGGUUCCUCAAAUGGGAGGAGGAAACGAGGAGAAAGCAAAAGUCAUUCAAACUCUGCUGUUUGUUACUGGGCUCAACACCCUCCUGCAAACAUGGUUUGGAACCCGAUUACCUGCUGUGAUCGGAGGCUCAUACACCUUCGUUGCGCCCACAAUCUCAAUCAUCUUAUCCGGUAGAUGGGACGAUCCAGAUCCUAUAACGAGGUUCAAGAAAAUAAUGAGGGCCACACAAGGCGCGCUUAUUGUUGCCUCGACCAUCCAGAUAGUGAUAGGCUUCAGUGGUCUGUGGCGCAACGUUGUUAGGUUCCUAAGUCCGAUUUCAGUUGUUCCGUUGGUUUUUCUUUCUGGUUUUGGCCUCUACGAACUUGGUUUUCCCGGGGUUGCUAAAUGUGUUGAAAUCGGGUUGCCCGAGCUAGUGCUUCUGGUGUUCUGUGGUCAGUAUCUCCCACAAAUAAUAAAACCAGGAAAGCAUAUAUUCGAGCGCUUUGCAGUCCUUAUCACCGUGUCAAUUGUGUGGAUCUACGCACACAUACUCACCGUUGCUGGUGCCUACGACGGUGCAUCACCAAAGACUCAAGCAAGCUGCAGAACUGAUCACUCUGGCCUCAUCAGUGCUGCUCCAUGGAUAAGAGUCCCAUAUCCCUUUCAAUGGGGAGCGCCUUCGUUUGAUGCUGGUGAAUGUUUCGCGAUGAUGAUGGCUGCGUUCGUUGCUCUCGUUGAGGCAACUGGUGGCUUCAUUGGUCUGUCUAGAUAUGCUAGCGCAACCCCUCUGCCUCCGUCCAUCCUCAGCCGGGGCAUAGGCUGGCAGGGCGUCGCCACCUUGCUGUCCGGUUUAUUUGGAACCGGAAACGGAUCAUCAGUAUCUAUAGAGAAUGCUGGCCUUAUUGCAAUGACUCGCGUUGGCAGUCGAAGGACAGUUCAGAUAUCGGCCGGUUUCAUGCUUUUCUUCUCUGUUCUUGGCAAAUUUGGAGCAGUUUUUGCUUCAAUUCCAAUGCCUAUUGUGGCUGCUUUCUACUGUGUUUUCUUUGGCUAUUUUGGUGUUGGAGGGCUAGCUUUCCUACAAUUCUGCCAGCUCAACAGCUUCAGAAACAAAUUCAUACUAGCAGUUCCCACUUUCCUGGGCUUGUCCGUGGCUCGGUACUUCAACGAGUACACGGCUGUUAAAGGAUACGGCCCCACACACACGUCGGGGAGAUGGUUCAACGACAUUGUGAACGUGCCCUUCGCCUCCAAGGCGUUCGUGGCAGGCGUGCUGGCGUUCCUCUUCGACAACACGCUGGACAAGAAGGAUCCUCAGAUAAGGAAGGACAGAGGCAAGCAUUGGUGGGAUAAGUUCAAGGAUUUUAAGACUGAUAAUAGGAGUGAGGAGUUCUAUGCCCUUCCUUUCAACCUCAACAAAUACUUCCCAUCUGUAUAAAUCAGAUUGUAAUUUUAUCGGGCUAUAAAUUUUUAAAUCUGCGAGCUAUUUGUGCCUAUCAAUAGGUUUCGAACUGUACUGACAUCCUUAAAAUGAAUUAUUAUUAUUAGUACUACUACUUA